UGGAAUGCAAUGUUAGCCGUGGCUUUAUGCCGAAACUUCCAUCCCUUGGUCCCACCGCCGCCACCAGGACUACAGAUAAAGUCAUGAUACUAGCGUAUUACAGGAGUGGGUCAUCUUUCUUAGGGGAGCUUUUCAAUAAUAACCCAAGCAUGUUCUACCUCUACGAACCCCUAUGGAAUUACCAAUUCGCUGUGAAGUACCGUCGAAACUUAACGUAUUGUAAUGGAACUAGCAGGAUGCCACCCGUCCAUGGUAACGAAUUUGCAGAAUAUACUAAAAUAUUAGACGAUAUAUUGAACUGCCGAAUACGAUCUGUACCUCUGGAAGUGAGUACGGCUUCCCGUAAAAACGAGCACGGAUUUCUCACUUCUGUCGGCCGUCACAAAACCUUGGAGAGCAGCCCGUACUACAAGUGCCUGAGACAAAACAAAGGGCUUAAUGACAGGAAUUGCAUCCAUAUCAUGGAGGGCGUUUGCAAGGGGUCAAAGGUCAAGGUCAUCAAGACGAUCCGGUUCGAGAUGUGGCAAAUGGAGGAUCUUCUGCUCAAAAAUCCCGGACUUAAAGUUAUCCAUUUGUUGCGGGAUCCCAGAGGGCAAAUUACGUCUGUCAAACGUACCCUUUCAAACCCUGACCCCGAUGAUCUUAUCAGCAAGUCAUGUAUGUUGAUGCUACGUAACUUAAACGCUCACCGCAAACUAGAUUUAAAAUUCCCGGGGCGCAUUACGCAAGUGUUUUAUGAAGACUUGGCAAUAUCUCCAUUUACGACAGCAAAAAUGAUAUAUGAUUUUAUAGGGAUGGAAUUACCCAGCGUCAUCGAGAAAGCACUCUACGAAAGAACUAUGGCAGGGAAAAAAGACAAUGGAGUCAGCGGAACUACUCGGAAAAAUUCCACAUUGACUGCGCAUGCGUGGGUUAACAAAAUAGACCCAGCGUUUGCUCAUUUGAUUGACGACAUUUGUACGGACCUCCAUGAUAGGAUUGGCGUGAUGAAGUUUGACAAAUUGCGUGAAAAGUUCAAAUUUUAA